AUGGGUUUAUCAUUAUAUACAAGUUUUAGUGAUAUUAAAUUUGCCGAUAUUUGUAUUGCAUUAUUCUCUAUAAUAUCUUUAUACAUAAUUCAUUUCUACUAUAAAUAUUUUACUCGUGUCAAUCCACUUCCUGGUCCAAUACCAAUUCCGCUAAUAGGAAGUAUUGCGAUUUUUAAAGAAGAUCUCGAUGAUUGGUUUCAUGAAUUAAAUAAAGGAUAUGGCAAAGAGGGUAUAUACGAAGUAAAUAUUGCCGGCAAUAGACAAAUAGUAAUCACUCGUGCUGAACAUAUAGAUAAAUUUUUGGUAUCAUCUAUUCAUAGUGGUCAUUUAAUGAGAACUGCUAAUAACGGUCUUUUAGAUUUAUUUGAUCUUGAAAACAAAGGAGUAGGACUUAAUCAUGAUUUCAAUCAUUGGAAAUUUAAUAGCAGUAUGUUUUCGCAGGGAGUUAUGCCAUUAUCCUUUACUCCCAAGCCUAGCAAAUAUGCAAAUGCCCUAUUUGAAGAAAUGUCAGGCUAUUGGAUGGAUUUGAAACCAAAAGAUGAUGUUUCAGCAGUUGUUAAUAUAGCUACUUGGAUGCGUCGAUUUACAUGUGAUUUUAUAUCCCUCUUGACAACCGAGAAGCAGUCUUCUACAAUCCAUUAUUAUUAUCGUAAAUUAAAAAAUGAAGCGCCCACAAAAGAGAUGAUUGAAUCCGAAGAAUUUAUUGAAAGUAUAAACACUUUUGUGUCAGAUAAUCAAAUCAUGUUUGUACCAAAAAUGAUAAAAGAUUUACCUUUUAUUAAAACUCGUGUGGAGAAAUUGUUGACCAAUAAUUAUAUGUUUUAUGGAAGAUUGAAAAAUAUUGUCAUAAAAAGAAGAAAAGAACUUGAAAAAAAUAUUAAUAAUGAUAAUGAUUAUCUUAAAACAAAACAACUUGAUCUAUUAACCUCUUUGAUUGUUGUUAAUACUCCAUAUGACACUCGGCCUCAAAAAAAUGUCAAUCCAGAGUUAUUAAGGCCGAUGACUGAUGAUGAAAUACGUGGUGUUAUGUUUGAUGCUUUUGUGGCUGGCACAGAUACGACUGUGAAUACUUUUUGUUUCGUAGUAUAUUACAUUUCACAUUAUCCAGAAGUCAAAAAGAAACUGUUUGAGGAAAUCGAUUCAGUCUUCAAGGAUGAUCCAACCAGAGAAGUAACAACAACAGAUCUUGAAAAAUUAAAAUACUGUGAAGCAAUAAUUAAAGAAACAUCAAGAAUAAGACCCACAGUUAGUAUGAUUUCAAGAUACAGUGAUAAACCAGACGAAAUAGCAGGAUACAAAUGGCCAAGCAAAACAUUAUUCAUAAUGUAUGUUCGUGGAAUCAACAAUAACACACUUUAUUGGAAAGAUCCCGAAAAAUUCAUGCCAGAAAGAUUUUAUGAUCCUGAACAGAUUGCAAAUCAGCAUAAAAAUUCAUUUUUAAUGUUUGGUGGAGGUCCAAGAAUGUGUCUAGGUAGAAAAGUUGCAAUGAUUGAAUUAAAAACAUUGCUGACUUUAGUUUACAGAAAAUUUGAUGUUGAAUUGGUAGAUAUGAAGGCUCCCCUUAAACUUGCAACAUCAACAAUCACCAUCUGUAAAGAUUUAAACAUCAAACUUACUCCCAGAGAAUUAACAACUCGUGCAUAG